CAAACAUCUUAUUAGAUUUUCAGCCCUGAAGUGAAACUACGCUGGACCAGCAUCAUGACUCCAGCUUUUCUUUUCCUCCUCUUCCUUUCAGUGAUGGAUGUCUGUCUGAGUGCACCAGCCGAAGUUAAAAAUCUAACUGAUGAGUUCACAGACAGCGUCCCAAGACCCAAACUUGACAUAAAAAUUCCUGUGCUGCAUGGAGACAUUGCUGUACCAGAUACCUUUUUCAAGAAUGCACACCAAUGUACCGCCAGAGGCUGCAAGUGGCCCAAAUCCGGACUUUACGUCUACGUGCCGUAUUACAUCUCACCGUACUUCUCUAGAAAACAGCAGAGCAUCAUCCUUAGAGGGCUGCAGAGCUUCCACCAGACCACCUGCAUUCGUUUUAUCCCCUGGGAUUCUGGUGUUCGAGAUUACAUCUUUUUCUUUUCUCAGCCAAACUCUGGGUGUUGGUCCUACCUGGGUCGCCAAAAGGGAAAACAGUACAUCUCCCUUGAGAAAAAAGGAUGUGUAAACUACUCUACUGUGCAGCAUGAGAUUCUUCACGCUCUGGGCUUCAACCAUGAGCAGGUCCGCUCAGACAGAGACAAAUACGUCCGGAUUCUCUUCGACAACAUUCAGCAAAAACAGCAGUACAAUUUCAGAAAGGUGCCGACAAACAACUUGGGAACUCCCUACGACUUUAACUCUGUCAUGCAUUACCACAAAUAUGCCUUCUCCAGAAACGGGUUACCAACCAUCGAAGCAAAAUCAGAUCCUAACCUCAAGUUUGGAAACGCCCAGGAAAUGAGCGCCAAUGACAUUGCUCGCAUCAACAGGCUUUACAGAUGCAAUACCUCAUCGCGACUGCAGUACGCCAAGCAUGCAGAUGCACAGCACUGAAAGACAUCGUCUCGAAGCACCUGUGUCUGCAAACCUUCAAGUCAGAAGAUCAGUCAGUGUUUUAACGCUCAGAUUUUUGUGAAGGUAAACUGUAUACUUUACAGGUUUGAAAUUUCUGUUUUGAAAAACUGACCUGUGAAUAUUAUAACCAGAACAAAAACUGCAAAAUGGCUUUCUUAUGUUUUACAAUUGAAGAAUAAAAUGCUGUAU